AUGGCCGACGAUGGCAUGCUUAUGAACUUCAGCAUUGCUGACAGUGUCAUCAAACCUGAAGCCAAGUUCAAAGGAGGCACAUGGCGAGACCGACUGACCGCGAAAAAGCGCUCAUCCCACCGCGGCUCAGAGAAAGGUCCCGGUGAUGCGGCCGCACGCAACGCAGCAUCCAAGAACCCGAAUCAAAUUCAGCUUGGUGAUCGACCAGCCAAAAGACAAAGAACGGAGGACUCGAGCCAGCGCCCCCCUCAGCGCUCUGGCGACCGACGCCCGCAUCAACAUCCACGAGAGAAAGAUCCCCGCCACUUCGUGUCCUCACUCUUCACCAGCAACCCGGAAGCACAAAAUGCGGUAGAACCGAAGCAGGAGGGAGAGAUCGAGGAGGCAAAGCCGACCAAUGCGCCGCUGAUCGACGGACUUGAUACCUUCACGAAUCUGGGACUAUCGCCCAACCUUGCAGCACACCUGCUCACAAAGCUAGAGCUUAAGGCGCCAACUGCCAUUCAGAAAAGUUCAAUCUCGCAACUCCUGAAGGAAGAAAGCGAUGCCUUCAUUCAGGCUGAAACCGGUUCCGGAAAGACAUUGGCUUAUCUCCUCCCGCUGGUUCAGCGCAUUAUGGACCUAUCCAAAGCUAAAACCGAGCAACCCGACAGCCAAGUUCACCGGGACAGUGGAUUGUUCGCCAUUAUCCUGGCACCUACUCGCGAACUUUGCAAGCAAAUUUCGGUCGUGCUGGAGAACAUCCUGCGCUGUGCGAACUGGCUUGUUUGCGGAACAGUGAUUGGUGGAGAGAAGAAGAAGUCCGAAAAGGCACGUUUGAGGAAAGGAUUGAACAUUCUCGUUGCGACACCUGGUAGAUUGGUGGAUCAUCUCGAUAACACGGAAGCCCUGGACGUCAGCAAUGUCCGCUGGCUCGUGCUUGAUGAAGGAGAUCGCUUGAUGGAUAUGGGUUUCGAGGAGGAAUUACAAGGAAUCGUUGGAAAACUUGAUGCCAGGCAGCGGCCGAGUCGGUUGCCUGGUGUUCCCACUCGCCGGACAACGGUUCUCUGCUCAGCUACAUUAAAGAUGAACGUUCAGAAGCUGGGAGAGAUCAGUUUGAAGGAUGCAGUUCACAUCAAGGCUGACCCGGAAGACGAAGACGAGAAGAAAGAAACUGAGGACGACGAGGCAUUCCGCGUGCCAGCGCAAUUGAAGCAGUCUUACGCGAUUGUACCGGCCAAGUUGCGACUUGUCUCAUUAACAGCCUACUUGAAGAGAACUUUUAUGCGAAAGGGAUCAGUCAUGAAGGCUAUUGUGUUCAUGUCCUGCGCCGACGUUGUUGAUUUCCACUUUGAGUUGUUCUCACGAAAUCAAGACCGCGAGCAACAAAGGAAGCUCGAGAGAGAGCAAAGAGAGAAGGAUGGGGAGCCGGAGGAAGAAAAAGAACAGAAACCAGACGAAAGAGAACAGCUGUCGCCCCAUGGAACUAUUGCGCCCGGCAGAGCUUUCUCGACACCUACAAACCCUGUUAUUCUGCACAGGCUGCACGGCUCCCUUCCCCAGAAUGUCCGAACCGCCACCCUGGGCUCGUUUGCACGUAGCACCGAAGCUUGCGUCAUGAUCUGUACAGACGUUGCCUCGCGUGGUCUCGAUUUGCCCAACGUCGACCUGGUUGUGGAGUACGACCCUGCAUUCAGCUCUGACGACCAUACGCACCGUAUCGGUCGUACCGCCCGUGUCGGUCGCGACGGUCGCGCUCUCGUCUUCCUUCAGCCCGGCUGCGAGGAAAACUACGUCCAGAUCCUCAAGCGCGGUUACCGUGAUGGAGGCAAAGCGCUCACUCGCACCGAUGCAAACGAAAUCAUCAAACGCGGUUUCGGAAGCAAUGAUUCAGGAAAGAAGAACUGGGAAGAGAAGACAACCGACUGGCAAAUGGACGUCGAGCGUUGGGCCCUGGAUAACCCUGAGUAUUUGGAAAUGGCCCGUCGGGCAUUCCAGUCUCAUGUCCGAGCCUACGCGACCCAUAUUGCUGCUGAGCGCAGCAUGUUCAAUAUCAAGGAGCUUCAUCUGGGUCAUCUGGCGAAGAGUUUCGCCCUGCGUGAUCGACCGGGCAAGAUCAAUGUUCCCGGUUUGCGACCUGGGCAAGAAGACAGCAAGAAAGACUUCAAAGCUGCACGCAAUGGUGCGGGUAACAAGAGAAAGGCUGCUGAUGAUGCGGCGCCGGGUGCCCUGCCUACGGACGAUGCUGCUCGCAGAAUGAGGGCCAAGAUGAGAGAACAUAUGGCUGGAGCAAACGAGUUCAACUUGGCUUAA